GUGAUUGGCACUCGGAGCCUGCGAAGUGAGGAGGUGGUGGAUCUGGCUGCCCCGUGAUCCUGGGAAAGCGAAAUGGAGGGGUGUGUGUCUAACCUAAUGGUCUGCAACCUGGCCUACACCGGGAAGCUGGAGGAAUUAAAAGAGAGGAUCCUGGCGGAUAAGUCCCUGGCCACUAGGACUGACCAGGACAGCAGAACAGCAUUGCAUUGGGCAUGCUCAGCUGGACAUACAGAAAUUGUUGAAUUCUUGCUGCAACUUGGAGUGCCAGUGAAUGAUAAAGAUGAUGCAGGUUGGUCUCCUCUUCAUAUUGCUGCUUCUGCUGGCAGAGAUGAGAUUGUCAAAGCCCUUCUGGGAAAAGGUGCUCAAGUGAAUGCUGUCAAUCAAAAUGGCUGUACUCCCCUACAUUAUGCGGCUUCCAAAAACAGGCAUGAGAUUGCUGUGAUGUUACUGGAAGGUGGAGCUAAUCCAGACGCUAAGGACCAUUAUGAGGCCACAGCAAUGCACCGGGCAGCAGCCAAGGGUAACUUGAAGAUGAUUCAUAUUCUUCUGUACUACAAAGCUUCCACAAACAUCCAAGACACUGAGGGUAACACUCCUCUACACUUAGCCUGUGAUGAAGAGAGAGUGGAAGAAGCAAAACUGCUGGUGUCCCAAGGAGCAAGCAUUUACAUUGAGAAUAAAGAAGAAAAAACACCCCUGCAAGUGGCCAAAGGUGGGCUGGGUUUAAUACUCAAGAGAAUGGUGGAAAGCUAAGCAGCUUGGAUUUAGUCUUACUUUGUUAGUUAUGUGGCUGUUCCCUAAUGUACUGGUAACUAUUGUACUUGUGCACAAGACAUCAUCUAUGAAUGACGAAGUUUUUUCAUCUCCCGUCUUAUAAACAUGUUUACUAUUGUUCCUGCCGAGUUAUUUGUUCUUAGCUUACAACUUGCUUUCCAGGCAUUGAAUAACUGUUGACAUUGUUCUACUCUUUUAUAUUAUUCUGUAUUGAAUUUUGGUUAAUUCUGUGCAAGUGAUUCUGUGGCUGUUGUGAGUCUUAAGCACCCUAUCAUGCACCCUCUAUCCCCCUUUGAGGCAGAACAACCCCAGUAGCACCAGGCCAAUUGUUUUGCCAUAUGUUUCUAGGUAGAUGCCAGAAUGUUCCUCCAUACAGUUGAAACACAUUGUAACUCAUUUUUCAAGAUCACUCAGAAGCCUAUGCCACAUAUUUCUGUUUUUUCCGACAGUACGGUUUAAUUUGUUUUUGUUAUCGGAGGAAUACUUACAUCUUGUGAGGACCAAGUUUUCGGUUCGGGGAUCCUGUCCAAGUUUGGCAUUCAUAAACACUAAAAUAAUAAAAUAUAAUCACUUGGGUACCAGUGUCUUUUUUAAUGAGCUGUUUCCCUCCAAAGUAAAAUGUAUUGUUUUUAAAAAGAAAAUUUUAAAGUACCUAUAUUAAAUCACACCAUAUUGAAAAGAAUGUCAAUUUUGUUACCAUGAUGUAUAACAGAAACGAAUUUUGAUUUGUAUUUCAGUAGCUAAAAAAAUAAAAUGCUGAAUCUCCUGAUUCUUCUUUCAAAUCAGUUAGAUACUCACUUAAGCCUUUAAAGGCUUUAUAAAGAUACUUUUUUAAUUUUUGGUAGCUCUAAAGUCAGUAAAAUUAGUGAAGCUUGAACUGCAGCUAAAAUAUGUAAAAAUCUUCUGAAUUGCUAAUUAAAUUGGAGCGAAAGAAAAUUAAUAAGUAUAAACUUGAUGUCAAUUUAGGGAAACAUUUUAAAUGAUUACUAGCCAUAAAAUCUAAUGAACUCCAAGUGACUCUUCUAAUUAUUUUUUAUUUGAAUUUUAUGCUGCAAAUAUUGCUUGAAAUAAGUAAUCCAAGUGAGUCCACAACCUUCAAUUAAUUUGGGGUCAGAAACUUAAUGACUGGUAUCUAAAAUGAGUUUUGUAAACACAAAUGUGUUGUUGAUAUGCAAACCCUUUUACAUAAGUAUUUUGAGUGCUAAGCUUUACAAUUAUUAAUCAGGGAAGCAUAUUCUUAUAGAACUAGACUUUGUUUAUUGAAUGCAAGAGAUAGAAUUGAUGAUGGGAAAUAAUUUCUUUCUAAUGUUUUUAGCGUGAUAACAGAGUAAAGUUGUAUCUAAUAGAGCCUGUUAGGCCUGAAGGUAUUCAUAAGUGCUGAGUCUUUUUGUCUGAGGUAGUAAGUUUUAUGAAUGUAAAAGAAAACUCAUCUUAAUUCUUUAAUAAACAGUACAGAUGGAACCAAA